AUGUGUGUCCUUCCCCCACCGCACGCAUCCGCCACCGCCGCAAAAAAACGAGAAGGGGAGAAGGAAAGCGAUCGGUGUGUGGAAAGCCGGGUCGCCGCGGGCGCAAGGAGAGCAUUCCAGGUGCAGUGAGGGAGAGAGGAAGAGAAAGCGAGAGAGCACAGAGAAAGGAGAGGAAAAAAGAAAAGACAAGAGAGAAAAGAAGCGCAAAAAGUCGCUGUGACGAGGAGUCCUACUCUCGCAAAGCGGAUCUGUUCCCUUUUUGAGAAAGACUGUGAGUACGGAGAGACCCUCAGACGGUUAAAGAAACGGCCUUUACCGAUAAAAGCGUCAUCUUGGAGGCCUUUCAAAAGUCGGAUGCGAAGAGAAAAGCAUAUGAGUCAGCAAGAGAGAGAGAGAAGAGAGAUUACAAGCAAUGACACACACAUAUGUGGAAAGCGUUUUCGAGAACUUUUUCUUCAAAGUUCUUAUCAUCAAACACUGUGAAAUACCGAUAAAAAUUAUCGCUGAAAAAAUGAAUGUUAUCGUUCUUUAUUCUCAAUGCAAAUACCGACAUCUAUUGUUUGGGUUUCGAAAUCGUAAGAGACGGCAGACAAAUAGAGAUGCCAAACGAACCCGAACAACAUGCACUUGAAAAUUUCUCUCGCCUUUUUUUCUUUUUGCACAACCAACAAAGGAGCCUCCGAACCGGACGGAAAAGAACGCACAAUCCGAGGAGAGGUCACAGAAAGCGUUGAACUCGUGACGACCAUUAAUCGCAAUUGAUUUUUAUCAACAAUCUUCUUUCUGUGUGAUGAAUUCAAACUUUGAUUUUCCGAUGUUUACCAAAAAUCAAUAUAGAAGAAUCGAUGAGUAUUCAAUAUAGGGAAGUUAGCUCAAGUGUAGGCCUUUGAUUUCAACGAAAGAUGGGAGAAAUUUAUGGACGAGUUUUGAGAGAUUUGCGAAGUUUUAGGCAGAAGACUGAAAAAUCGCAAAAGUAUUUUAUUUUCUUCGAUUUUCAAUUUGAAAAUUUCAUCCUCGAAUACUUGAGAAAUGCAUAUAAAUUCUACAAAAAAUCGAUUUUUUCCGAGGGCAAUUCGAAAAGUUAUAUAAUGUUUUUCGUCUCCCGACUCCGCAUUUUCUGCGUUCUCUCGAAAAAAGAUUUUUUAAUAUUUCGGCUGCGGUUGGAAAUUGUGAGCUAAAAUUUUUAGGGGUUCAUAUUUGGCCUAUUUAGCGUCCGUUUAGAAAAUUUGAAAAAAAUCGAAAAGUUAGACUUGAACUAUAGUUUCAUGCACUGGGUUUCAAAGUGCGUUAACUUCAAUAUAAAAUUUUCGAUUAAAAUUUUUUUUCAAAUUCUGUUGAUAAAAUUCCAACAAAUUAUACUCUCUUGAUACAAUUCCAAUUUCAAUUCUUAUUCGAUUCAACAACUUGCAAUGUGAUUUCUCUUGUUUCCAUUCAUUUUGUGUUACUUUUGUUGUCAAAUUUAAUCAAUCCAUUCUUCACAGUGUAAUAUUCACUCGAAAAAAUUUAUUUUUACAAAGAGCGGAAGUUUUAUAAUUUCAAAAGUGCUCUUCCGAAUUAUGAUAAUCAAUGCAAAAAUCGUCAAAAAAGAAACCAUAUAUGGGAAAUGCUCAAAAAACGAUUACAUUUUAAUUUCAAUUGCGUUCGAUUUCGCGAAGCAAUUUUUUCUCAAAUCUUGAGCGAUUUUAAAUUUCAAAUGUUGGUUUUAAAUCUAGCAAACAAGAUUUUUCAAAAAUUUUUCUCUUACACUUCCCUCUAAAGCCCUUGAAAAUUUUCCCACCACGGAAAAAGGGCAGAGAAUUGUGUGGGAUUCGACCAGAAAGGAAGAGACGGAAGUUCUCUCUUUCCGCUCUCUCUCCUCUCUCUCCCCUUUCUACGAGGCGCACAUCGAAAAUCAAUCAGGACGAGGAGAAGAGCCACCGGUUCGAUAUGCUUUUAGCCCAAGAGUGGAAGCUAAUUUUGCUCUUCUACUCUUCGAAUAGCCUCAGUAAAGCUUUGCAGAACGAAUUAUUUUUGACAAAAGGAUCCAAAAAAUGCCAAGUCUUCAACUGGAAAUUUGUUCAAAAUUCAGUGCGCAGAUAUUGAUAAAACUAGGAAAAAAAUUAUAGUACAGUUUUCAAAUUCUCAUGAGAGAUUUUGAGCUAGCAAUUUGAAGACGAUUUUCAGACCAAAACUUGGCAAAAAUUGGUCAUCUCCCACUAUCAAGAGCUCUCUUAUAACAAAAAAGGACGACAAAUUUGAUAACCAAGCAUGGUCUAAAUGCUUCCCUCUUCGUUUCAAAAUCCCUAUCUUCAUUGUAAUCGAAUAAAAAUUCGGCAAGUUAUAGGCUAAGACCUGAAAUUUCAUUAAUUUGCAGCACAAGUGAAAAUGAAACGCCAUAAUUCAAAAAAGGACCUAAAAAUUAAUUCAUGGUUGCCAAUGGAAACCACAAAGACGCUUAGCAGUUGCUAAGCAAGUUUCAGCGUUUUGUAGAGCGCAGUCUUCGCAACGGUGAGGAUUAAACAUUACUUUUGAAAAUAAAUUUAUAAAUAACUUCAAUGCUUCUGAACAAAUAUUGAAGGGCUUGUAAAAGGCUUUUCAAGCGACUAAAAAAUUUUGAAUAAUGAUUUCAAAACCUGAUUUACUUCAAAAAUAUAAUUUACAUCGUUGGCUUUGCUCAAUUUCCCAAAAGCUUGUCUACUACAAGACACGAAGCUCAUUUUUUCUGAAUUUUUUGUGGGAUUUGCAAAGAAACCUUUCAAAUUUUUAUGACUACCCCUUCUCCCCUAAAAAGGGGUAAAUUUUUAGCGCCAAGACACCGUGGCAACGGAAGAACAAGGAAGAAUUUUUCGCGUCGGGACCCAAACGGCGUGUUUUUCUGCAAAUUUCUCCGGCUCCCGGGUCUUUUCUCUGCGUUUGCACAACACUUCUUCGCGAACUCGUCGAGCAUCAUGCGGCAGAACAUCGACUCUACACAGAGUUUGUCGUUUUCUGCUUAUUUCUCCCAAAUUUUCAUUUCUUUGCCGAUUUAUAUUAUUUAUUCGGUCCAUUUUAGGGCGAUAUGAGUGCGGGAAAGGUUUACGUUGGCGGGUUGCCCGAGGAUGCUACGAAUGAAGAGUUAGAAGAUGCCUUCCACAAGUAUGGAAGGAUUCGCAAGAUUUGGGUAGCCAGAAGACCUCCGGGAUUCGCGUUUGUUGAGUUCGAUGAUCCGAGAGAUGCUGAAGAUGCGGUCAGAGCAUUGGAUGGAGCGUAAGUCAAUUUUUUCAAUUCUCUUUUGUGGUUUAGACCCUGACCUCGCAAUUUCUAAUUUGCAGAGGGCAAUUGGCUGAGUUCAGCUGGAAUUUUUUUGUUAUAGUGAUGUGGAUACCUAUUUUUGCUUGAGACCUGUGUGAGGCCUCUGAGAUUCUUUCUUUUUUUUGAGGAUGUUCUGUUGAGCUCUCCUAUAGAGUGUUAUUAAAUCUUCAUGAAGGUAUUCAAGUCUAAAAUGUUAUUUUGCAGAAGGCUUUGUGGUGUUCGAGCUCGAGUUGAACUUUCCAAUGGUCGUUCCCGUGGUGGUGGCGGCGGCGGUGGUGGUGGUAGAGGCGGUUUCCGUGACGACCGUCGUGAUCGACGUGAUCGGUAAGCUUUUUUUUGUUUUUUCGAUGUUUAGAUAAAAAUAAUUCAUCUAGAAGGUUUUGAAGUGCAGUAGAUGUGGUAUCGAUUAAAAUCAAGGGAGAAAAGCCGUUUCGAUGCUGGAAAACUGCAGAAGUGGUUCUGUUUUAACUACAUCUAUCUUCUAAGCGCACUUUUUGCUAGUUUAUUUCACACCUCCAUCAAGGGACGUGUGUUACCCAAAAAGGAUUUUGUUUUUUGCGCCACAAACAAUAUUAAAAUUCCGUGCCUCCUCUAAAGUAAUAUAAAACUUUUUAGUUACCGCUCUCGGUCUCCCAGAGGUCGUGACGAACGCAGGCGAUCUCCAAGACGCGACCGUUCUCCUCGUCGCUCCGAAUCACCACGUCGUUCGAGAACACGUUCAAAGUCGCCGGAAGAAAAGAGAAGAAGUCCAUCCAAAUCCAGGUAAGUAAUAUUUUCGAAAUAGGCCUUUUAUUAUCGAUCUUCCUAAAGUAAUAUGUAUUUUAGAUCACGUUCUCGUUCCCGCUCCUAA